GUCAGGUGGUGUGUUGUUUUGGUUCUUUAUGGUUCUUUAUGGUUCUGGUCUGUAAUGAAACUGGUGAAACUGGGAGCGCUGUGCAAUAGAGCAAUCACACGCGUUACACCUUCAAACAGUGCAAGACCUUUUCAGUUCUUUAGUUCGUCGAUAGGGAUGUCUUCUCCGCCUAAGGAUAAGUCUGAAACCAAAGCCGGACACCACCCCGCAGUAAAAGCAGGAGGGAUGCGUAUCGUACAGAAGCACCAUCUGGGCGGGGACCAGAAUCACGAGAAGGACAAAGACAGUAAAGAACUGGAAAGCAGCAGCCCACCGAAGCAGAUUCUUGUCAUAUCUGGAGCAGUCACACGGGGUGACAAGGACUUUCCUCCAGCAGCCUCCCAGGUGGCACACCUCAAACCUCAGCCCUGCGUGGAGAAGCUGCCCUCUCCACACCACAUCAACCAGCACAUCCACCAGCCCCGCAAGUGAGCCCCGGAGUCCUCCGGCACACUACCGCAUUCCACCGCCAGGGGGUGCCUCGUUGCUGUGCCACGCUGGACCUGGGAUCUGUUGCAUACAAAGGAAGACCUAUCUAUCUCAUCUCUCCUGUCUUGGGUUUCCAAAUAUUCUUUUAAAGAGUUACUCCUUUUAUAACGCUGCUUUCUGUGUGUGUGUGUGUCAAGGGGCAAGCGCUGUAACUGAGCACAGUGCACCACAGCAGAGGCAGUAUUGGAAUUAUGCUCUCUAGAUUAGAAGAAUUACCUACAAAUCCAUGCAUAUGUUUCAGGUACUUCUGCUGAGGGCCAGGAUUUAGCAAGGAGUGCCGUGGUCACUUUUUAAAUGAGGUACAAAAUGACCUUUUCUGUCCAAUUGGCCUUACUGAGGAGUAACAGGUAACGAGUACAGCCAGUGUCAUUAAUGUGUUUUGUGUGCUGCUUGGUCACUAUAAAGUUUUAACUAGUCACAUUUUUUGUUUUUUUAUAUAAUGAAGCCAAAACAAGCCACUUUAAUCGCAUGACUUGGAAAGAUUGUGUGUAGAUAAGAGUUAUGAAAGUAUUUUUGAAGUAAAGGCUCUAAGUUAAUUAAAAACAUGCUCUGUCUCUGUAUUGCCGUCCAUGUAAACAGUCGUGUUAAUUUUUACCAAUGAUCUAUAUGUUGACCUUAAUAAAACCUGGAGAUGAGAUUUGCCGUCUGUUUGACAGGAGCAGGUGACUGGGGUAUUUCAACAUUUAUUGCACCACUAAUGUAAAACAGCAAUAGCUGUUGGACAGUCAUAAAAGGACAGUGUUACAUGUGUGCAAUUCAUGUUUUUAACCUUGUUCAGAGUCCAAGGAUUGCUGGUGGCAGAUAUUGGAAGUGUCUUCUGUAGUACAAAUGCCCUACAACUUUAAAAGUAUUUUUGUAUUUUCAGAAUGUACAAAGACAGCAAGUAUACCGACGACCAAAAAAGGAAGUCAACAGUAUGUAUUCAAAGCUCCUGGCUGCUGUUUAGCACAGCUCAGUCAUAGGGACAAGUAUACAGAUAGUUUAUUAAGCUUUUGCUCUAGUUAAUUGCACCUUAUUUGUCUUUUUGAAAUAGGAAAUGCAGACUGCAGUCAGAUCAGCCUGCACCCUGCUUUAAUAAACCGCAGAUGGAUUUUUCUAAGCGUUUUAUUUUAUAAGCACUGGGGAAUCAUCAAUGAUGGCAGCAACAACAAAUAAGGGUUGGCUGCAGCCCAGGUGCAUUCCCUUAUACGGUAAAUAUCCUCUCAAAAAUCCAGUUGUGGUUGUUCCCAGCAGAGUAGAGCUUCAUCAGAUUAACCAUUUAGUCAGACAGGAGUGUGCCAUACCAGUAAUACCCCUUACAAGUUUUACUGACUGCAUUGAUGUUGAAAAACUGGAGUUGAACUAUUUAGCAUGUUGCUUUUAAGCUGAGGGAACACAAAGUCCCUUUUUCAGCCACAGUGGUUUGAAACCUGAUUCCAGGAGUCCUAGUUUGAGUUGUAUCAAACCCCCAAGUCUCCCCUGGUGUGCCAUGACGUGACCUAAAACCUAGUCUUCUGAAACCAAGUUCCAAGACACAAAAGGGGCUUCAUGUUCCCUCAGCUUAAGAGCUCUAUUGUAGCUUCUUUAAAUUGUUACUUUUCUAGUUUAUGCUAACCUCCAAGCUGGAUGAAGGGAGAUUGAGAGAAACAAUACAUAUAAUAAUUUUAAUUAUUGGAGCAACAGAACCCAUAAACAUUCACAAUGAUUGCAAACAUAAGAACUAAACAAAGGGUAAUGCAAAAUCUGCUAAAAUUACAUUGAAGCUGCUUUGAUCAAAUACAGACAAACCAAUAAAAUUAAGAACUAACUAAGGUUUUAGACUCUAGUAAAGUUGUAAGUUUUUUGUUUUAUUUCAUCGACCCCAUAAUUCAAAAUUGAUUGUAGAAACAAAGGAGUAACUCUUUCAAUGGCGCUUUGGUUUAUGUGUUUUUUUGUUUCGUGGCAUGCACUCUAAAACGUUUUUUUUUUUUUUUUUUUUUUUUUUUUAAUGAUUUUUGUAGGUUCAAAUAAAAAAAAUCAAACAUUUUAUCUAUUUUCAAAUUGUACUGGAAUAUUUAGUAGCUUUUGUUUCUGAGUAACAGUUUGCAGGAGAGUGUCCUGCAAGUGUGCAUAACAAACUAAGGAAUUGGUGUUGUCCAAACGAGGGGGAAAACACUGCACUUGCAUUUACAGGGAAGUGAACUUGUGAUGAAAUAGCAGAUUUAAAGCCACAUGCUUUUAAUAUAUAUAUAUAUAUAUAUAUAUAUAUAGAAUUUUUCUUGAAUUUUUUUUUAUUUACUCUUGUUAAAUAAAGAAGCAUGAAAUGGCUUCCAGAGUAACUUCAGAGAGGCAGUUUGGGAUUUCAGGGUAAAAUAAACGUUACAACCAUUUUAGCUAAUAAAACCAUUACUUAACUGCUGUGCACAUCCGUUCGCAAUGUACAUUUUGAAAUGUUAUACGAAACGUGUUUUCAGGGCUGGAAAUAAGACUCCAAUUGCGUAGCGGUUUCACCUAUCCCAGGUUUUACCACAAGCUUGAUUAGCCACAGUGUGUACAGGUAGCAAGCUGCAAUGGGUCUUAGAAACCAGGAAUGGAUCAAACUGCUAUGCAUUGGGAGUCUUAUUCACAUCCCUGAUUUUAAUGAUCUGUAUGACCUUCAACUGCUGUAGUAAAUGGUGGAAUGCCUGUUGGCUAACAGCCUGACUGGAAGUGGAAGUCAGGUUAAACCAUAAAGGGUGAAUACAGCUAAAUAAUACAGUCAGCAAGGCUAGGUGCAGAGAAGGCUACUCUAUGGGAGAAUGUAAGAAACCAAACAUGUUUGUGGAGCACCUGUCCGUAGUCCCUCGGGAUGACGAUAUUCAUCUGUUAAAAAGUCAUGAAAUUGCUCAGAUUUUUUUUUUUUUUUAUGGCAGUCAAUGAAGAAAAAAAGUCCCACCCACUCGGAUGGUUUUACAUUAAUUUUCCCAAGAAUGAUUUAACAUACUGUAAGCUACAAUUUUCAGAACAGCUCACUUUCCCUGAAUUUCCUAAAAAAUCUGGUUAUGAUGUGCAUUACAGACAAAUGACCUUGUAAAAUGCAUUUUAAGUAUAAUGACUUAUUGUUUGUUGUUGCUUUUGUUUGAUUGGUUGUUUUACUGUUAAGUGAAAUUGCAAAAGCUUUAUGUGCAAAAAAAAAAAUGCAUAAAAUAAACAUUACUUUGGAGAAACUGUA